CAUUAGAAUUAUUAAGCGGUUUAGAAAAUAAUAAUGUGGAUUUAAUUUUCCUCGAUCCCCAGUAUGAAAAAGUAUCCACAGUCCUUAAACUAGAUUACCCUCUUUAUCCCCAAUCUGAUUAUCAAAUAAUGAGAAUAAUGGAACAAGUAGGACGAGUUUUGAAGCCCAGUGCUUUUUGUCUUUUAUGGAUAAAUAAAGGACUAUUAGGAAGCGAUAGGAUUGCGGCUUGGAUGAUUAAGGCUCCUAAUUUGAGGAUUGUUGAUUGUUUAGUUUGUAAUGCGGAAUUCUGCUUCUUAUUACAAAAAUAUCCUACUACUGGUAAAAGAUUUACUAAUCGUAGUUUUGGAACGGUCUGGGAAGAGAAUAGUUUACCCACUAAGCAGAGAAAACAUCCGCAUCAGAAGCCUAAGGAAUUGAUUAGGGCAUUGUUGGAAGCAACUACAAAAGGGGGUGAUUUAGUGGUGGAUCCUUGUGCGGGGAGUUUUAUUGUUUUGGAGGUGUGUCAGGAGUUGGGGAGAGAUUAUUUAGGGUGUGAUUUGACUUUUAAAGAAAUGUCAAAAUUUCAAGAAGAGAGAAAUUAA